AGAGGACGAAGAAGAGGAAGAGGAAGAGGAAGAGGAAGAGGAAGUUGAGCCACCACCACCGCCACCGAAGAAGAGGAAGAGACUACGACGCCGAGAUGAUGCCGAGCAAGAGCCGGAGGGAGACGUACAACCACUGCCGCCGCCACCACCAGAAGUUGAAGAAGUACAAGACAAUGAAGCCGAGGCUGAAGAUCUGGACGCCGACGCGAUGGAUGCCGAGGAGUUUAGGCAAUUCGUGCUCGAGGUUGGCUUGAGCAUGGGAACCGCGCGCACGCCUCUCAUUAAGCCCUUCUGGGAUGCUGCGCGCUUUAUUCCACGUGGGAUGGGGCCUCUGGAGAACGCAAAGCACACAAUCCGCCUCGGUAUGCAUCUCCGAAACAACCCUACACUCAAUCUCGACGACGACGGACCACCAAUCAAGGACGAAAUGCUCGAAGGAUUCGAGAAGGAGGACCUACGAUACACGUUACACAUGUUCAAUAAGCUGCUUCACUACUGUCCCGUGCUCAAGAAAGUCCUGCCGAACAUCAAGAAUAAAGCUGACUUUGACACUAUCGCGCACUUUAUAGACAAGGCUCAGCGACAGGCUCGCACAGACGACAUCUCACGCCUCAAAGACAGGGUCUUGAAUGCCCUCGCGAAGCCUCAGCGUGGGUGGCACUGUCAUGCCGCAGCACGAAUGCUGUGUCCGCGGAAUCAACGCGAUGAGUUCGACGAAGAUCGCGAAAAGUUUUGCCAGUCCGUUCGGGCCAUAAAUGGGCGACACAUCGACCAUGAAGACUGGCCAUCACUCUUGUAUUGUGAAACCGAGUACAAUCCAGAAGCCCUUGAUUGGGGUCUGCUCAAGUCGCCAUUCCUAUUGAAGUGCUGGAAGACCACGUUCCUAGGGCCGAGUAGUGUGACGACAACAGUGCCAGGACAAGUGAAGAAGGGCGGUCGGCAGACAGUCGCGAAGAUGUAUGGAGUCACGAAGGUCGAUGAAUACAGCAUCCUGUAUGUUGCUCUCAUUGCGCGUUUUCUAUUGUCUUCGGUCCUCGAGUGGCACGCCGAUGACGGUCCUUUCUCCGGGAUGGGAUUCUUCAAAAAUGCACUAUCACUCUUUGAAGACGACGAGUGGCGCAAUGAUACGCUCGCAUGGUGGAACGCCCAAGUAUUUGGCACCAAGAUGCCUGGCGGCGGCACUACCAAUACCAUCGUUCGCACGGGGCCUUCGUCUGUGGCUCAGCUCAAGCAACAGCGGGCUGCGCGUCGUCUUCAAGCACGCCAGCGUCGUGGCUCUGCGGCUGGCGAGAACUAAACUACGCAACCUCAGCCGACUUGGCCCUCAACGUUCAACUCCAGCGCGGUCUUAAAUGCAGUACACAUCCAUUUCCCUUUGAUUCCUCGUGCCAGUUUUUUCCUUUCGAUCUCGCUCGUCUGCUCUCGCUCCUCCGCUCUCACUCGGGUUGCCAGCUCGCCGUCACGGUCAUUGAAGGCCAAGUGCCAGUCACGUUUUCUACGACUAAACCCAUCAUGCAGAUUUCCCCUUCCCUUUCGUUCCUACUGUUGCUUGGACGGUCGUUCACGAGCUCGUCUCGGGUCCUUUUGUGACUAUUAUUCCGAUG